CCCCUCUCUCAUAGACAGCCACAGCCUGAAAGAGCGAGGAUUGCCUUAGAUAGAUUCUUCUAGAGACAAACCGGGUAGCCUGUGCAAUCAGAAUCAAUCAGACUGGGGGGGGAGGAGAGAUGCACGGACAGAUGUUGCUCUCACUCAGGGGUUUGAGAUUUUUGCCAUGUUUGACCCAGUUCUGAAGAAGUGUUGCAAAAAGGUUGGACUUUGCUGCUGAGGUUAUCUCACCGCCUUACCAAAGAGACAGAAUGGGAAGCCUUAAGGAUGAGAAGCGAGCUCUCAGGGAGGACCGCCAGCCUUGCGAGAAGACAAAUAAUGAAGGACUUUCGGAAGACUCAGACAGCAGCGCUGCCGCAGAGGGAUGUCCCUUACGCACAUGUCAAGAGUCAACAGCUUCAGAGGACUGUCAGUCGAAACGCCACAUGGAUGCCAGCUCUGUUGGGAAUAGUGAGAAAACUCUAAAAUCCAGAGAUACAGAGCUUUGCGGAGUCGAUAGUAAAAGCACUGACCCAUCGGUCUUUGAGCCAGUUAAGGACUCUGCACAGCCUGAUGACAUGCCUGUGACCCUGCAAACUGUAGCUACGCAAAAUGAAGCCACAGUCUCUACUAACAACCAGGGUAAUGGAGAUGCUGAAGGUGAAAACGUGGCCCUUGACAAAGGGAACGGAACAGAUGUUGUGAACAUCUUUGUUCCUGUGCCAUCAACUCCUGACCCCUCCGACCCUCGCUCUCCAGCCCCUUUUGGGCAACAACACAUGCGCACGCAAGUGAGCCUUGAAGUGGCCCAGUGCUGCUCGGUUGCCACCAGCCCCAUGACUCCUCCUGAAGGAGAUCAUUCCUUCUUUUUCCCAAGCAAUUUUGGGAAACACGGAGCUCGUCCUGUUGCGUCCGCUGCCGGAACCCAUGAUGAAGUACUGCAGUUUGGUCAACAAGUGGAGUUCUGCUCUGUCGCCACAUCCCCCAUGACGCCAAAGACCCCAUCAAGCACGGCUUUCCCAGUGCUCGUUGGAAGAGGGACGGGGCAAAAGGAGGAGAAAACGAAAAAGGAGGAGAAGCAAAGGGAGACUGGUCAAAAGAAGAGUUGCGCAACGACAAAAUGUACCGAAGAAUUGUCAAAAAACGACGAAUCUUUGAAAUGUGCUAAAGGCUUGAGUUCAUAUGAACCUGUAGCGAGUUCCACCAGUGGUCUGGCUACUGCUGUAACACAUUCCCAGGGGACCUGUGAGGACAGUACCCAGCAAUGCAAGCAGCAGAAGAUGGGGAGCAUGGAUCAAGACAUUACAAUCUUGGUCACUCACUAUGGCAACAAUGACGAGGAAGCUGAGUCACAUUUUCAGACCGUGGAGCCUGACAUGGUGAAAAUAGAAGAAACUGAGAAAGGUGAAGAAAACAUCAGCAGUAUAAAGAGUGAGGACAGAAAAGAAACAGCCUCCACAGUAGCUCCUGAUCAUGCUCAGGAUAAAUCAAGCCCAAAGCAGCCACAAAAACUACCUGGGAAAACAAACGUUUGCACUGAACCCGAUAAUUCAGAGGUCAUGGCUCACAAAGGUGCACGAGUGGAUCUGAAAGAUGUAUCCGUGCCAAAAUCUCCAAUCCCUGAAUCCCCAGCUCCUUUCGGCUGCCACAACAUCCGAACACAAGUGAGCCUGGAGGUGGUGCAGUGUCAGUCUGUGGCCACCAGUCCCAUGACCCCUCCUGAGGGGGACCAAGCUUUCUACUUCCCCAGCUCCCUUGGGAAAUGUGUAGGUGUGGGCACAGAAACAAAAGAUGCUGAGAUGAGGGUGGGUCAGCAGGUAGAGUUUCGCUCCGUUGCUACAGCGCCCAUGACUCCGAGAACUCCAGUCGCCACAACUUUUCCAGAGAUAAAGAAGGAGGUGAGCAUCGAAGAGAAGAUAGUGGAGGAGAAGGAGGAGGAAAAUAGAGAACAGCUCAUAGAGAAUACGAAGGAAGUACCCAAAGAGGUGGAGAAAUUAACCCAGAAAGAAAGUGUAGGGGAGGACAGUAAGGAUGUGGAAAACUGUAAGGAAAAAGACGAGGAGAAGUGUGAGGAACCAGUGCAGGAAGUGAGCUGGGACGAGAAAGGGAUGACCUGGGAGGUGUACGGUGCCGUGGUGGAAGUUGCCGUGCUGGGCUCCGCCAUCCAGAAACACCUGGAGAAGCAGGUACAGAAACAGAAACAGCUGACCGCCAUGCCUCCGCCACCUCCACUCAACCCAGCAGCGUCCCCCCUGCCUCCAGAGCCGGGUUGCGGGGGUUCAGGCAAGCGCCGGGGGCGGAAGAAAGGGGAGCACGAUGGGAAAGCAAGCCGGCGCAGGAGGAACCCCUUCCGGCUGUUGAUGGAGAACGUACAGCAGCCACACUGCUGCUCCAAAGCUCACACUACCGAAUGACGGAGGAGGCGGGCUUGGAUCACAACAGCUGGCCGGAGAAAAAAAAAUCCCAUCUGAUCUGCGUGGCUGUGAUACUCUGAUUUACCACAGCUUGAGUUUAUAGUGUUGGACGGGGUGAGAAACGAAUCACACCCUAACACAAACAGUCUCAAAAAAGCAUAUACGGACUGAGCCACGGAGCAUCAAGAAGCAGCCAUACUACUUUAUUUUGUCGUUGUUCUUUUAGUAAAAGUUGCUGUGACGUCACUUUAACAGAUUGUCGGGUUUAGUGGAGUUACUAUGAGUGUGAUGCAUCAGUGUCAUUGUUAGCUUUGCUUUUUUAUUUUUUGUUUCUCUUUUUUCUGCUCAGCCCAUUCAGUCAUCCAGUGAGUCAUUUGAGCUAUUGAUAUUUUUUAAUGCACCUCAGACAAGUGACGCCAUGGCAACAAGCUUUUCUUUCCUCUGGCUCAUGAUACUGAAGCUGAGAGAGGUGAGGACGGUUUUUAUGUCCUGUCAGUCCAGUGCAGAGGUGAUUUUUAUGACAUUUAUGAGAAUUUAGAGUUACAUAGUUAAUCUUGAUGUAUGUGCAUAAUAUUUCCCAGGCUUUUGUGCAACUCAUAUUUUAAUUUAAGAAUGAGUAUGCUUAGCCAUCACUCAUUAUUGUGUUAAAAUACAAUGAAAAGUAUUUCAGCUGUAAAAUUUGCUUUGAAACUUGAUUCUAAGUGUGUUUUAUUUCAGAAACGAGUGUCGUGUUAGUGUUCUCACAUUAAAAUUCCUCAAGAGCCACAUACAAGCAGACCACCUUUAUUCACAGAUCGCACAUGUAAUACAUUCAUUAAGUUGUCAGCAAGAAUUUAAAAAUAUAUAUAUUUUUUCCAUUAGCAGUUUGCAGAAAGCAUUCCGCGAGCGAAUCCAUCGAACUCAAAGGUAAACAUUGACAAUCAGAGAAAGAUUUCCACUGACUAAUAAAUAAGGAUUUCAAACAUACACAGACAUUGCAUUUUUGUAUUUUCUUGUUUUUCAAUUGUAUUCAUUUUGUAGCAUCAGCUGCAAGGAAAAUUAACAUGGUGUGUUAAAGUGAUUCAGUGUG